GUGUUUCAAAAACAUAGUGGAUCUGUUCGAAAAUUUCAGUUCAGAUCUAGACAAUUUUUUUAGAAGCUCUUUUAAACUGAACUGUUUCAUUAGAUCAGCUCAAAUGAUGGACUUCGAAAAAUCGAAGUUUGCAAUAUUUUAAUAACCAAUUUAAUGAGACUGAUAAAGUCCACCAUAGAAUUGAUCUGCUUAUGAAUUCAGCUCAGUUUUUUAUUAGCUGUUGAGAAGUUCUGUGGAUCUGAACUGAACUUUUGAAAGUGUUUUUGAUGAUACCAGCUGAUCUGUCCAGGAUCUAGUUGUUGUAGGAUAUCACACUUCAUAGCUUUCGAAGGGCAAAUUCUUAAUUUUUUAUUACCAGCAAAUAUAAAGUCAUAAAGUCUCACAAAUAGGUUAAGGAUGCUUUCGGACGUCAGAUACUGGAAAAGUAUAUUCUGCUGUUGAUUGAAUCGCGAAUUUAUCUAAAACUUGCGAUGCGUAACAAUUUCAAAAAGAGCUAAAGCUCUUGAUAAAAUCGGAUGUGGUUUAUACUUUACGAGACAUCCACUAAUAUUUAUGACAUAUAUCUUGUACACAGUACCUGCUGGUGACCUGUUGAAGCCUAUCAAAGCUGUAACUGAUUCGAUUGUAGCCAAACUCAAUGAAAGAGAACAAAAAAGGGAAUUUUACAAUAUUUCAACUUUGGGUAAUUUCGAAGAGCUUCAGCGUGCUGCGUCUGAUACAGCCGCCCUUCUGACACUUUAUUACAAGGAGCAAAUUGAACGUAUCAAGACAUCACAGAAAAUAGAAGGCAGUAACGUGUUUAACGACAAAGUUCAUUGGAUCAAAGAAGUUUUGAUUGAUGUUCGUCCAGAAAGCAAGGAAGAAAAAGCCAUUAUAAUUGUAGCUGAAUAUGUGACUGCAUGGCUUAUUGAUGCACUUAAAACAGCUAAAGCCAGUGGAAUUGUCUCAGAUAUUCCAUUAUCAGAACAACUAUGGCAUUAUGCCGCCAAGCACAAUCCUAUGGAACAAGGGAAAAUAGCAGCCCUGACUGAUAUUAUUGGAGCUGCAGCUGGUCGACAAUUAAUACCGCUGCGAAUAACAAAUUCUAAAGGAAGACAAUACCAAGUGAAACUACAGCAUUUAAUUGGAUAUGUCUGCGUAAUAUCAAACGAGGGUAUCGUUUAUCAAUAUCCAGUGUCAUCAAAUGACUUACAAAAAGACAACUAUCCAGAUUUGACACUAUUUGGUUAUGUUUACUUAACACCAUUUACAGCCGAUAGAAAAAUAUGCGAGUCUAUUAUCAAAGGAAGACAGUUAAUUUCUACACAUCGUAAGGCCGAUGGGGAUAUUCUGACAAAAGUCGAGAAAAUAAGACACAUGAUAGAGAGUUCACAAGGGAUAAACAAUGGUGUUCCGUCGGUUAAGAUGUCAGAAACAGCUUUUCAAGUGGCGAAAGUACUUCGUGAACAAAAUUCAUUUGUUGAUUCGAGUUAUGUUCAGGCAAAGCUCGAGAAAUCUCGAAUUAAUAUUGAAUAUAGUAUUGCAAUUCUCCGGGAAGAAAUUCAAGAGAACGCUACACGAUAUCAAACAUCAAUGGAAGUUGCUCAUGAUUUGGUUAAACGUGAAUCUGAUCAAGCGCGCAUUGUGUUGAUGAAAGAGAACAAGCGACGAUACGAUGAUGAGGUGCGAAGGUUGACUGAACGAAUGCUAGAAAUUCAAAAACAGUUAGAAUUCCAGAAUAAACAUCAAAUGGAACAAUUCCAAAAAAAUUUAGAAACUCAAAAGAAACUUCACAUACAACAAAUACAAGAACAGUUGGAAACUCAGAAUAAACUUCACAUACAACACAUCCGAGAACAGUUAGAAACUCAGAAUGAGCGUCAUAUAGAAAAAUAA